CAGAUCUAAGGCGUGGUUGGUAGGUGUGGCUUAGUUAGCCCCACCCACGUGCUUGCUUGAUGUCGACCCUGAUGUCUUGUAGACUGUUUUUAGCAGCUAAAAGAGGAGCCCUCUCUCAACAAGCGAGAUGCCUACCCCUUCUUGCUCAUAAUGCUACUAUUACCCGCCCUUGUAUCAAGCAAAGAAAGGACCAGGGCCAUAAACAGGACGGGAGCAGUACCCAUAACUGGUGGUGGGGGCCUCCCCUUGGUGCUAGCAGUCUGUUAAUGAUCUCUUGGUUUUCCUUCGGCAGCAGCAAAGAUAAAGAUAGCUACAUGGCAGAGCCGGUAUCAGGCUACAGGGCUUUCAAAGAUAUUGAAAACAAGCCGAUGAGACUAAGAAUGGAGAAACUGUGUAUGGACGUGCAACAUAGUCUGUGUCAGGAGCUACAGAAACUGGAACCAAAUGCAAAGUUUUGUGUCGAUCGUUGGGAGCGGUCCCAGGGAGGAGGCGGAGUUUCCUGUGUCCUGCAGCGUGGGGAUACCUUUGAGAAAGGAGGAGUCAAUGUGUCGGUUGUCCAUGGGAAGUUGCCCCCUCCAGCUGUCAAACAGAUGAGAUCGAGGGGGAAGGAUCUACCACAAGAUAAAGAACUGCCAUUUUACGCUCUUGGAGUUAGCUGUGUCAUUCAUCCAGUUAACCCUUUUGUCCCCACGGUACAUUUUAAUUAUCGUUACUUUGAAGUUGACGUCGGCAAUGGAGAAACCCUCUCCUGGUUUGGGGGUGGGUCUGACCUAACUCCGUACUAUUUAGACGAAGAUGAUGCUCGCCAUUUUCACUCGACACUCAAGGCUGCCUGUGACUCCAGUGACCCUGCGCUUUAUCCUAAAUUUAAGAAAUGGUGUGACGAUUAUUUCUACGUCGAUCACCGAGGAGAGAGACGAGGAGUUGGUGGGAUAUUUUUCGACGAUCUUGACUCGCCCAACAAAGAGAAAACCUUUCAGUUUGUGCGUGCAUGUGCUGAAGCAGUGAUACCAUCAUACCUUCCACUGGUUUAUAAGAAUAAAGACAAACCCUACACUGAAGAGAAUGCAAGAUGGCAGAGGCUGAGACGGGGCAGAUACGUUGAGUUUAAUCUGGUUUAUGAUCGAGGGACAAAGUUUGGUCUAUCUACUCCCUCAGCAAGAAUAGAGAGCAUCUUAAUGUCACUGCCUUUAGUGGCUCAAUGGGAAUAUAUGCACUCACCUCAAGCCAAUAGUCCUGAAGAUACACUGCUGAGAGUUCUCAAAGAACCAAAGGAGUGGAUAUGAACAAAUCAGACUUCAUUCAAUAAUGUAUUAGUAUUGUUUUUUGAAUAAUGACUAUUAUUAUCAUAGUGGAUAUUUGGCAGCAAUCCAGUGCUUAGUUUAAUCCA